UUAUCAUAUGACUUUAACUUUUAGAUGAGAUUUAGAUCACCCGUCGUUGCUGAGUGAGAAAGUAAAGAAGUCAACAAGGAAGAUGUCUAACUUUUUCUUCUGCGUCGUUAUUGUGUUCACUGUUUUAUUCGCGUUUCAUGCUGAAUGUCGAUCAAGAAUUCACGGAGUUGAAUCGAUGUCAAUUAACACUCGUAACGACCAAGCAGCAAAAGAAUUCGAGUUUAAAAUUCAACAAAUAAAAAAUAAAAAAUCUCCUUGUUACGUAAAAAAAUCAAACUUUUCAGAUGCCAAUCAAAUUGUUAGAAUGAAAGCUCGACCCUUUGAUGAUCCAAAGCUGAUAGCAAAUUUACCAGAGGCAUUUGAUUGGCGUAAUGUAAAUGGCACCAACUAUGUGAGCACAACACGUAAUCAACAUAUCCCUCAAUAUUGUGGUUCAUGUUGGGCUAUGGGAUCAACCAGCUCAAUGGCUGAUAGAAUCAAUAUAAAACGCAAAGGUGCCUGGCCAAGUGCAUAUCUGUCUGUUCAAGAGGUAAUUGACUGUGCUGACGCAGGCUCAUGUCAUGGUGGUGAUGACAAAUUAGUUUAUAGCUAUGCUCAUAAAGAAGGAAUUCCUGAUGAGAGUUGUAACAAUUAUCAAGCUGCAGAUGGAAAGUGUAAUGAAAUGAACCAGUGCAUGACUUGUACAACAUUUGGAAAAUGUGCAGUUGUAAAAAACUACAAGAGAUGGAAAGUCUCUGAAUAUGGCCCAGUCUCUGGCAGAGAAGCCAUGAUGGCAGAGAUUAUGAAAAAUGGCCCCAUCAGUUGUGGUAUUGAGGCAACAGAUAAGCUAGAGAACUAUUCUGGUGGGAUAUAUCAGGAGUAUAAAAUGCUUCCAAUGAUCAACCACAUAGUAUCAGUUGCAGGAUGGGGAGUGGAAAAUGGUACUGAGUUCUGGGUUGUAAGGAACUCGUGGGGUACUUUCUGGGGGGAAGAAGGUUGGCUUCGUAUUGUUACAAGCAAAUACAAAGGUGGCAAAUACAGCUUGGCUAUAGAAACUGAUUGUGCUUAUGCUGAUGUUAUUGUGGAUUGAAUUAAUACACAUUUGGUACGAAUGAUGUUGCUUUAAAUUCAAGUUUUGUGUGAAUGAUUAUGAAUUUAAAUCAAGCAAUAUGUUAUAUAAACUUGCAAAUAUUACAUCAGAUAGAUUUCAAUCCGUGGAUUUUUAGUUCAAUUUUUUUUUUUAACUUUCUUUUGCUUUGUAUUUAAAUUAUUUUUUUUUACUUUCUUUUGCUUUCUAUUUAAAUUAUUUUUUUACUUCAGUAAUACAUACAGUUAAGGUCUUUUCUUUAUUUGAAGGUACAUUUUUUACUGUUAUUUGUAUUUAAACACAGAUGAUUGAGAAAUAUUCAUUAUCAUUUUUAAUUUUAACUGAGGGGUAUGUGUAACAAUCUAAAAGAAGUAAAAGAAACAAAGUAUAGUAUAACAUUUUUUACAAAUGAUUUGACUAUAUAUAUUAGAUCUAUUGCUUAAGUAUUUUCUUCAUGAUCUGACUGCAUACGUUUAUUUACAUUGUAUACAAAAUAAAUAUGUUUAUCAUUGUAUUUAAAUAUGUUUCUCAAGUUAAAUGAAUAUAAAUGAAUAAAUGGUUAUCUAAGCUGAAUCAAAAUUUGCAACAUUUUAUUUAAAGAAAGCUAAAUAUAUUUAUUUUCUGGAUCUGUAAAAAUUGAUUGGUUAUUUUUCCUAAUGUAUUAGAUUAGAUGUGGUCGAUUUGACUGAAGCUUCUUAUUGAAAUAUUUGUAUAUUAUGACACAUAUCUUAUUUAUUUUACUUGCACUUUGUAUAUUAUUACAAAAUAUUUCUUUUAACUUAUUAAAGAAUUCUUUUAAAAGC